AGCUUGAUGGAACCUAUUCAUUUUCUAUAUGUAAAUUUUGUAUUUUAUUUUUGUACAACUAACGUGAUGAACCAAACGACUAUAUGGCAUCUAAGCAGCGACACGGUGACUAAAAGUGAUGUAAACAAGCUAAUAUCGUAAAGUGAAGCUGUGCGCAGGCAGACUCGGGAGGAUAUAAGGCAAGAAAGACACUUCUUUGUUGGGCAAUAGGAAUGAAUGGCGAGGAAGAGAGAGCGAGAGGUAAACAGAGAGAGAGAGAGAGAGAGAGAAACAGAGAGAGUGCGAGAGAGAUGGGGAACUCCUCCUACCAAAUUAUUCAGACUGGGCAGGCUUUGCUCUCUUCACAAAUACGACACGGUGCUCAAAUGCAGGCAGUUUCAAUCUGACCUCCAAACACCAAGGAGCCCUGACUGGGAACUUUGGAAGUGGGGAAAAAGCCGAAGGUUGUGUCAUUAUUUUUGGCCACACUGUAGCCACCUCCCCCCUUUCCUUCCGUUCACCCCCUUGGACUUUAUAUAUAUAUAUAUAUAUAUAUAUAUACAUAUUUUUUUUUAAAUCUGGAUGAGAGACAUUCUGGAAAGAAGGAACAAGCUGGUUCACUACCAACACUCGUCCCACCCAUGCUCCUGCUGCUGCUGUAGUUUUUCCUCCAGUUUUUUCUUCUGCUUCCAGUUGCCUUUGCACGCAGUGGGCCGGGAAGUGAUCUGCCUCUCUGCAUUUUGGAUGCGCUGAGCCGAGCCAGCAGCACAGCAGUCCGGGUCCACGGUAUAUGGAAGUGGUGAGCUGCAAGGCAGAAGCAGCCGCUCGCACGUUGCGCCCUGCAGGACCGGGAGCCAUGCUUUUCCACGGGAUCUCCGGGGACCACAUCCAAGGGAUCAUGGAGGAGAUGGAGAGAAGGUCCAAGUCGGAGUCUCGCUUGGCCAAGACCAUGCAGAUCAACGGCAGAGAGACGACCAUGCCCUCCAUGAGCCCGGAGAAGCCCGCCCUGUGCGCCGGCUGCGGGGGCAAGAUCUCGGACAGAUACUACCUCCUGGCCGUGGACAAGCAGUGGCACCUGCGCUGUCUCAAAUGCUGUGAAUGUAAACUUGCGCUGGAGUCGGAGCUAACGUGUUUCGCCAAGGAUGGCAGCAUCUACUGCAAAGAGGAUUACUACAGAAGGUUCUCGGUGCAGAGGUGCGCGCGCUGCCACCUGGGCAUUUCCGCCUCGGAGAUGGUGAUGCGCGCGCGAGACUCCGUGUACCACCUGAGCUGCUUCACGUGCACGUCGUGCAACAAGACCCUCACCACGGGCGACCACUUCGGCAUGAAGGACAGCCUCGUCUACUGCCGUCUGCACUUCGAGAGCUUAGUGCAGGGCGCCGACUACCACCCGCAGCUCAACUUCGCCGAGCUGGCGGCCAAGGGCGGCGGCGGCGGCGGCGCCCUCGGCCUGCCCUACUUCAACGGCACCGGCACCGGCUCGGCGCAGAAGGGUCGGCCGAGGAAGAGGAAGAGCACCGCCAGCAUGGGCUUGGACUUACCUAGCUAUAACACAGGCUGCAACGAGAACGACGCGGACCAUUUGGACCGGGACCAGCAGGCCUACGCCCCGACACAGAAGACCAAACGCAUGCGGACCUCCUUCAAGCACCACCAGCUGCGGACGAUGAAAUCCUACUUUGCCAUCAACCACAACCCGGACGCAAAGGACCUCAAGCAGCUGGCCCAGAAGACGGGCCUGACCAAAAGAGUUCUGCAGGUUUGGUUCCAAAACGCGAGAGCCAAAUUCAGAAGGAACGUUUUACGACAGGAGAACGGAGGUGUUGAUAAGGCUGAUGGCACCUCACUCCCUCCGCCCUCGUCCGACAGUGGGCCCCUGACCCCCCCCUCCAGCGCGGCCACACUAACAGACCUGACAAACCCCUCGAUUACUGUAGUGACGUCCGUCACCUCUAGUUUGGACAGCCACGAUUCGGGGAGCCCUUCACAAACUACCUUGACGAACCUUUUCUAACAAGAUAGUAGACUGCUUCUUUUUUUUUAUUUUUUUUUUUAAAUCAUUAAUUUCUCUGAUUUAGUUUUUUUUCCUCUCACUUUUGAAAUUGACCUUUAAAUCAAGCAGAGAUGUCUCCUUUGAAGAGAGCGUGCAAGCGCAAGACGAGCAGUGGCCACAUCAAAUUAUUGAAGAAAACGUGUAGCAUCUGACACCACAUGGCAGUGAGUGACUGUGGAAAAGGACUUUAGGAAAAUCAUUGGGAAAAACAAUAACUAAAAGUUUGUACAUUUCUAUUGAAUUAUUACAAAUUGAGCCCUUCUUAAUUCAUGCUUAAUUGGUGAAUUAGGCCCUCAGAAACCUGUAAUUGCAUGCUUCCAAUUCAAUUUUUGUUUCUCUUUUGAAAUAAUUUGGGAAGCAAACUUGUAGAAUGUUCUGUAUAUGGGUAAAUUAUCCAGAAAAGAGUCUUUUAAUUCUCUUUUUGAAUGUCUCCCAUCCAUAUGACAGUUGAUUCAGACUUAAGGAUUCACGAUAGAAAGAACAAUAACAUAUUUUCUGACUUGAUCCAAACAUUGACUGUGCUAAGUGUUAACAAUAAUGCCAUGAGAGCAAAUUUUUUUCAUCGUUAAGACAACAAAUUUGGAUAGGAGAGCAGUUUAUGCCCUCUGUUGGAAUCAGCUGACACUUCAUGUUGCCCUGCUGGAUGAAUUGCAGUCAAAUUGAUUGCAGUAAAUUCAUCAGCAGAUCGAGUCAAUUGCACAGAGCCCCCCGUAAAAAGUGCAUUAUUGUUUUAUCAUGUUGCUCAGGGUGAAGUUUUAGUGUUAAUGAAAAAAGGAGUGUAGUAUACUGAUUAAGACUGGAUUUGUGGAGCUGGCAUUGAAAAAAAUGACCUCAGAUACAGGUGGAGUUCAGUGCAGGUGGAAUCACAGUCCAUGUUUUCUCCUGACAUUGACUUUCUCUAACGCCACUUGCCACUGAUCAGACCAAAAAAACAAACCACGUUUCUUCUGGCUGAAAGGUAGUGAGAGAGAGAGAGCAGAAGACAAUUUUCCAUUGUGCGCAUCCUAAUUUGUUCUACUCUAGAACAAAGUGGUACUCCGAAUCUACUUGAUGAAGUAGAUGCCUAACUCAGUUCUACUCUAUGUGCCUUAUGCGAUAACUUGGGACAAAAGGUUGUGGAAUUCAGGAUUGUCUGUGUUCUUUGUUAACUGAGUCACACCCUUUGGACGCCUCACUAGUUUUGUACUGGUUUGCAUCUUAUUUUCAAAGAUCUUUUUAUGGUGUAUCCUGUUUUGGGGAAAAAAAGAAGGGGAGAGGGGGCAGCGAUGUCAUAGAAAGCAUUUGUGCACUCUUUCAGAUAUAGUUCCAAGAACCUUAUAUAUUGAUCUUCGUGUUAAUAGUUGAGUACAGUAAGUGUUCUAUCAAGAUUGUCCAUGUUUCCCUGUUUCUUGAUAAAGAUGGUGUAUAGAAACUAUUUCCCCUUAAAUAUUUAUGGACCAAACGGUUGUUAUAUAUCUUAUUAAGUUUGUGUGAAUAAAAACAAUACUUUGCUUUAAA